AUGUACGGCUCAGUAGAUGUAUCGUCACUGAGAUUGGUACCAGAUGUGGUGGUGCCGCCAAAGUUCAAAGUUCCAAACUUCGACAAGUAUACCAGAAAUUUAGAUCCCCGCAUCCAUCUAGCAACUUACAUAGCCAAGAUGUCCGCCCUCACUGAAGAUGACAGGCUUUUGGUCCAUUUCUUUCACAAAAGUCUCUUUGGGGCAAUUUUGCGAUGGUGGUAUGAUACCAAUGCCCAAUGUGAAUAUCAUGGCGGGGCACUCGGGCACUCAACUGACAACUGCGGAGCUCUCAGGGGAAGAGUACAAGCCCUGAUAAAAAAUGGUUGGUUAAAAAUUGAGGGAAAUAGCUCUCUUCCCAAUGUUACUUCAAACCCAUUGCCUAAUCAUGGUACAGGCAAUGGCGUGAAUAUGAUAGAGCCACAGGAUGAAAAUUCAAUUUUGGAGGUAGAUCGGUUGAUUCCUCAUUUCGAGAAAAUUUUUGCUAUGGCAGUAAGAGAGGGAUAUCUAUGCCCUCAGACGUCCGGGUCAGAAAGUGAUACAGGAUGCCCCUACCACGUAGGAGCGACUGACCAUGAGCUGCAAAACUGUGAGGAGUUCAGGCAGGAAGUCCGGAGGAUGCUGUCACUCAAAACUUUGAGAUGUCAGCGGAAACCAAGGUUGGAGGGCGAAGUGAACAUAGCUAGGUUUGGUCGGAAUGCCUCCACCCCCAAUCCCAGAUUAACCUUUUCUGCUCUCAGCAUACCGACACCAACACCACCAAUAACAGUCAUCCGAACCCCGCCUCAACUCCCAGUUACAAACACCCAUGCAGUACCUUGGAACUAUAAUCUUCAAGUCUUUACUCAGGAGGCAUCCAGCAGCACUUCAGCUCCUACCCUCAACUAUACACAUACUCAACCCAUAACCCCUCCUAAACCAUGCUUCGCUCCUCACGAGCACUUUAAAAUGACUUUUGCCGGACCCUCUAAAAAUGCUACUCCCCAAUCAAACCCAAAACCUGUCACGACCACUGACUCCCUCCCGCAAGAUCAGGAAAUAGAAUUUAUAACUCAGAGUGGGAGAUGUUACGGAAAUAAUGUGAGGGAAAAGAAGAAGGGAAAAGUAAAAAUGGGAGAGCCACAAGAAAACACGGAGGAUGGGGCUGUGAGAGUUGAGAAAGGGGAACCUGCUGAACCAAAGGAAGAGGAAGAACUUUUUGUCACUUUCUCGAAAGACGAGAUAGAUCCGACUGGCUUGAAGCACACCAAAGCUCUACAUGUGACAGUUAAAUGCAAAUGGUGCAUAGUUGCCAAAGUCUUGAUCGACAAUAGAUCUGCUCUCAAUGUCUUGCCUAAUGCCACCUUGGCAAGACUACCUGUUGACUCAUCAGCCAUUCGCCAAAGUGCUAUGGUGGUAAGAGCCUUUGACGAUACAAAGAGGGAGGUACUCGGGGACAUUGAUUUACCACUGCAGAUCGGGGCAUGCACUUUCAACAUCACUUUUCAAGUGAUGGAUAUCGAGCCUGCAUACACUAUGUUGCUAGGGAGACCCUGGAUCCAUUCGGCAAACGCCGUACCUUCAACUCUACAUCAGAGGAUUAAGUACAUCAUAUGCGGCAAAAUCAUUGCAGUAAGAGGGGAGGAAGCCAUGUUAGUCACCAAGCCCCAAUCAGUUCCUUAUGUGGAAACAACCGAAAGGUCCUUGGAAAGCUCUUUCCAAGCAUUAGAGUUAUAA